GCCAGACCUCCCUACCCUAUCCCCUCCCCACCCCACACACCCGAAGGGAAUCUCCCCUCCUCUUCCCAUGAAGGCGCAGGGGUGCCCCGCUGGCCACGCCAGGACAUCUGGCCAUCGCCCGAGCAGCGGCAGCACCAUGAUCCGGCUGGGGAGACUCUUCCAUCUCCUGACUUUGAUCAAGUUGCCCUGCUGCCUGCUGGAGUUUCUCCUCUCUGCGGUGGCUCACGGGCAGGAGAUGUACGCCCCCCACUCCAUCCGGAUAGAGGGGGACAUCACCCUGGGGGGGCUCUUCCCCGUCCACGCCAAGGGGCCCACCGGAGUGCCUUGCGGGGACAUCAAGAAAGAAAACGGCAUCCACCGGCUCGAGGCGAUGCUGUACGCGCUGGACCAGAUCAACAGCGACCCGGAUCUGCUGCCCAACGUGACGCUCGGGGCUCGGAUCUUGGACACCUGUUCCAGGGACACCUAUGCGUUGGAGCAGUCGCUCACUUUUGUCCAGGCGCUGAUCCAGAAGGACACCUCCGACGUGAGGUGCACCAAUGGGGAACCACCGGUCUUUGUCAAGCCAGAGAAAGUAGUUGGAGUGAUUGGGGCAUCUGGAAGUUCAGUGUCCAUUAUGGUAGCGAACAUCUUAAGGCUUUUCCAGAUUCCCCAGAUCAGUUAUGCCUCAACUGCACCAGAGUUAAGUGAUGACAGGCGCUAUGAUUUCUUCUCACGAGUGGUCCCUCCAGAUUCCUUCCAAGCACAGGCAAUGGUUGACAUUGUAAAAGCUUUGGGGUGGAAUUACGUGUCAACGUUGGCAUCUGAAGGAAAUUAUGGAGAAAAAGGAGUGGAGUCCUUCAUGCAGAUUUCCAGAGAGGCAGGUGGCCUCUGCAUUGCCCAGUCACUUAAAAUUCCCCAGGAUCACAAAGAGAAGACCAUCGACUUUGAUAAAAUUAUCAAGCAGCUCCUGGACACUCCCAAUGCCAGGGCUGUUGUUAUUUUUGCCAACGACGAGGACAUAAAGCAGAUCCUUGCAGCAGCAAAAAGAGCUGAUCAAGUUGGUCAUUUUCUGUGGGUGGGAUCAGACACUUGGGGCUCCAAAAUAAAUCCGCUAAUUCAGCAAGAAGACAUUGCUGAGGGAGCAAUCACCAUUCUGCCUAAGAGAGCAACCAUAGAGGGAUUUGAUACCUACUUUACCUCGCGCACCCUGGAGAACAAUAGAAGAAAUGUGUGGUUUGCAGAGUAUUGGGAGGAAAACUUCAAUUGCAAGUUAACGAUUAGCGGAUCAAAAAAAGAAGACACAGACCGUAAAUGCACAGGGCAGGAGAGAAUUGGAAAAGAUUCCCAUUAUGAACAAGAGGGGAAAGUUCAGUUUGUGAUUGAUGCUGUGUAUGCCAUGGCUCAUGCCCUCCAUCAUAUGAACAAGGAUCUUUGUGCUGAUUACCCUGGGAUCUGUCCAGAGAUGGAACAAGCAGGAGGCAAGAAAUUGCUGAAGUAUAUACGCAAUGUUAACUUUAAUGGCAGUGCUGGCACUCCAGUGAUGUUUAAUAAAAACGGUGAUGCACCGGGGCGCUAUGACAUCUUUCAGUAUCACACAACAAACACUACCACUCCAGGCUACCACCUGAUUGGCCAGUGGACCGAUGACCUACAGCUCAACAUUGAAGACAUGCAAUGGGGUAAAGGAAUACGCGAGAUCCCAUCCUCUGUUUGCAGUCUGCCUUGUAAACCAGGUGAAAGGAAGAAGAUGGUGAAAGGGAUGCCAUGCUGUUGGCACUGUGAGCUCUGUGAUGGAUACCAGUACCAAGCUGAUGAGGUGACAUGUUUGCUCUGCUCAUAUAACGAGCGACCUAAUGAGAACCGCACUGGAUGCCGCCCUAUACCCAUUGUGAAAUUGGAAUGGCACUCUCCAUGGGCCGUCAUACCAGUCUUCUUGGCUAUGCUUGGAAUUAUUGCCACCAUUUUUGUAAUGGCGACCUUCAUUAGAUAUAAUGACACUCCCAUCGUCCGGGCUUCUGGAAGGGAACUCAGCUAUGUCCUGUUGACCGGAAUAUUUCUUUGUUAUAUAAUUACUUUCCUGAUGAUUGCCAAACCAGAUGUUGCAGUGUGCUCCUUCCGACGUAUCUUCCUGGGCUUGGGGAUGUGCAUCAGCUAUGCAGCCCUUUUAACUAAAACAAACCGCAUCUACCGCAUAUUUGAACAGGGCAAAAAGUCAGUGACAGCACCUCGGCUUAUAAGCCCAACAUCGCAGCUGGCGAUCACUUCGAGUUUAAUAUCAGUUCAGCUUCUAGGGGUUUUCAUUUGGUUUGCGGUUGAUCCACCCAACAUCAUCAUAGAUUAUGAUGAGCAGAAGACAAUGGACCCUGACCAAGCCAGAGGAGUUCUCAAGUGUGACAUUACGGAUCUACAAAUCAUUUGCUCCUUGGGGUAUAGCAUUCUCCUAAUGGUUACAUGUACUGUGUAUGCCAUCAAGACUCGGGGUGUCCCAGAGAAUUUUAAUGAAGCUAAACCCAUUGGAUUCACUAUGUACACUACCUGUAUAGUAUGGCUUGCCUUCAUUCCAAUAUUUUUUGGUACUGCACAGUCAGCUGAAAAGGCCCUGCUGCAAAAAAGAAGUAUGUCAGUUAUAAUAACCUGGUUAUCUAGUCCAUUUCUUCAGACAGAGUUGAGGAAGGAUGAAGAUUUUCAUCCAUUCAGUCAUCCAAACUGCCAUAUGCCUCUCCCUGACCUGGAGUGUAUCCACCACUGGAGAAGCUUAAAGGCCAGGCAGUUAAUAUGGAGAUCAAUGUCAGAGGACCAAGCGUUCUGAACACUGCUAUAUGAAAUAUCCUUAAUUAUUCUUGGCUUAAUAAGUCACUGGCACUGUGGGCUGUGACCUUGGACCUUCUCUAUGUAUGGGAAGUAUGAAAACUGAAUACCCAGCUCGAAUACAUGAGUACCCAGCUCUUUAUGGGUGAACUGCAUUUAGCAACAGUGACUUUACAGGGGCUAAUUCUGUCUUUAUAUGUACUUCCAGACUGCAAGUUUUUGAAAUUUCUGUACAGUUUGUGAGGAAUUUUGCAUAUUUCCAUCCAUGUUGUUUCAAAGAUUCACUGUUUGUUUUGAAUGCACAAUUGCAUUGAAGACCUAUUCUCUCAGAUGUUAGCACAUUAAAAACAAAUCUGAGGAUUUAAAAGAACUAUGUACAUGACUUGUAUAAUUUUUAUUGUAUCACUGCAAUCCAUAUUUUUUUUUAAAUUCAACAACAACAACAAAAAGUUAUUUAAAGACCAAAAACUGUGCUGGCAAAGUGAGCCCCUACCUUUCAUAAGUAUGAUGGGCUGCAGAGGAAGCAAGACGGAUAUUGCCUGGUUUUAAUAGAGGUCUUGAUAUGUGGAAUGCAUGCCAGUAAUGUAUUUUAUAGUACAUGUUAAUAAUUUGUUUGAUAUUUGUAUUUGUGUUCUAUUUUGUUAUUUUAGUUAAGAUAUAUGACUAUUUUGCAAUAAUUUCAAUUAUUCUUACAAUAUUUGGAAGAAGGAAUAUGGCUUUUACAUGUCUUAAGGUUUUUCUUUGUUGAUCCCCACCAUGAUUGACCAGUGUGAUGAGGACUUGAAAAAAAAAAAGCAUGUAUGUUUUAUACUGUUUGUAAUAAGUAAUUUCGUUAAUCUUGCUGCUUGUGUGCCAAUUAGUGAAAACAAUCUUUCUGGCAAACUCCUCCCCCCUUUCCAUUCUCUCUCGAUCCUGUGAUAUUGUC